CUUAUUCCAUAACCAAUGCAUAUAUUUGUUCUUCAGACUGAAUCUGGCUAUGGAUCAGAGUCAAGCUUGCGACGUCAUGGCUCUAUGGUAUCCCUUGUAUCUGGAGCAAGUGGGUACUCUGCAACAUCAACCUCUUCAUUCAAGAAGGGUCACAGUUUGCGUGAAAAGCUUGCUGAAAUGGAAACCUUCAGAGAUAUAUUGUGCAGACAAGUUGAUACAUUACAGAAGUAUUUUGAUGCUUGUGCUGAUGCUGUCUCCAAGGAUGAACUUCAGAGAGAUAAAGUGGUAGAAGAUGAUGAAGAUGAUUUUCCUACAACACGUUCGGAUGGGGAGUUUUUACAUAAUACUAAUGGAAGUAAAGAAAAAUUGUUUCCACAUGUAACGCCCAAGGGAAUAAAUGGUAUAGAUUUUAAAGGUGAAGCUAUAACUUUCAAAGCAACAACAGCUGGAAUCCUUGCUACACUUUCCCAUUGUAUUGAAUUAAUGGUAAAACGUGAGGAGAGCUGGCAGAAAAGAUUGGAUAAGGAAAUUGAAAAAAGGAGGCGAAUAGAAGAAGCAUACAAAAAUGCAAUGACAGAGCUUAAAAAAAAGUCUCAUUUUGGAGGGCCAGACUAUGAGGAAGGUCCCAACAGUCUGAUUAAUGAAGAAGAAUUCUUUGAUGCUGUUGAAGCUGCUCUAGAUCGGCAAGACAAAAUAGAAGAACAGUCCCAAAGUGAAAAAGUCAGAUUACAUUGGCCAACUUCCUUGCCUCCUGGUGAUGCUUUUUCUGUUGUGGGGAGUCAUAGAUUUGUCCAAAAGCCCUAUAGUCGCUCUUCCUCCAUGUCUUCCAUUGAUCUAGUCAGUACCUCUGAUGAUCACAGAUUCAGCUCCCAGGUGGAAGAGAUGGUGCAGAACCACAUGACGUAUUCAUUACAGGAUGUGGGGGGUGAUGCUAAUUGGCAACUAGUAGUUGAAGAAGGUGAAAUGAAGGUGUACAGGAGGGAGGUAGAAGAAAAUGGCAUUGUUCUAGAUCCGUUGAAGGCCACACAUGCAGUCAAGGGGGUUACAGGGCAUGAGGUCUGCCACUACUUCUGGAAUGUUGAUGUUCGCAAUGAUUGGGAAACAACCAUUGAAAAUUUCCGUGUUGUAGAAACUCUAGCUGAUAAUGCAAUCAUCAUCUACCAAACACAUAAGCGAGUAUGGCCUGCUUCUCAACGUGAUGUGCUGUAUUUAUCUGCUAUUAGAAAAAUACCAGCUUUAAAUGAAAAUGACACUGAAACAUGGAUUGUCUGCAACUUCUCUGUGGAACAUGAUAGUGUUCCUACUAACAAUCGAUGUGUUCGUGCCAAAAUAAAUAUUGCUAUGAUUUGCCAGACAUUGGUAAGCCCUCCAGAAGGAAACAAAAAAAUAAGCAGAGACAACAUCCUAUGCAAGAUUACAUAUGUAGCAAACGUGAACCCUGGAGGCUGGGCACCAGCUUCUGUACUACGGGCAGUAGCAAAACGAGAGUAUCCCAAAUUCUUGAAACGAUUCACAUCAUACGUACAAGAAAAAACAGCCGGGAAGCCUAUUUUGUUCUAGUAUUAUCAGUGAUUGGAACAAGGCUGUGUGAACAUUCCACAUUGGAGAAAUGAACCAAAAUGAAGGCUCCAAGCUGGAACGUAGGAUCUACAGUCUUAUGGGCCAAGUCCUGCAUUCUGUACACAACUGAAGUAUACUGCAAUGCUAUGAACUUGAACUUUCGCUGUCUUCUGCUAGUUCACUUUGCUGAAUUGAUGUGUAAUUAUAAAAAUACAUGUGUUGAUACAUGUAUAUGGCUCUGUUUGCUUGCUCUAGAGGAGAAUACUACAACUUUGGGUCACCAACUUGGUUCAUUGCUUUAACUUUUGAAUAAUUUGAGAUGAUUUUGUUUACUGUGGGACUCCAUAAGACACUUGCACAGUUUUUGUUUUUGUGUAUGUCUAAAAAGCACAAGAGACAAAUACACAUCUAGCAUACCGUAUGUGCUUUAUGUACACAAAAACAUACAUGUUAUAACUUUUUUUCCCAUCAGGUUUUCAGUAAAUUGUGUGUCCUUUCAGAGGAAAUUCUUGUAUGCUUUGUAUAAUCAUAGUUCAUUGCUGCUGAGUUUCUAUGAGAAAUCAUCUUAUGUAAAACUUCUCUUAAAACAUGAGGGCUGUCAGGAUCUUUGUGACUUGCCUUUUCUAUAGUCUUGCUCCUAUGAAGGCCCUCUGGGUUCUGAUGGAGUAGGCAUGAAAAGCUUUAUUUUUUUCAGAUAUCUUUAUAUUUCUAUUUUUAUUUUUAGUUGUGUAAUAUGUGCUACAGAAAUUUGGUUCCAAAACAUGAUCCCAAAAAGAUAUUAUUAUCUUUUAGUAAUAUCUAAAGUUAUUAUUAGAUACUAUACAAGAAGACCUGACUGCGAGAAAACAGCUACUGCUGUAUCUUGCCCAGAUUGUGUGAAUAUGGGCUGCUUUCUAGCAAUCGGAACUUACACUGUGUAAUAUUUAUUGAGUUAAAUUGGAAGAAGAUAACAUUCCCAGUCUUGGAAAAAAAAUGCUGUUGUCUAGUCCUACGUUUUGUUUCCUGUUGAAUAAAGCUAUGCUAUGAGAUUCAUAUAUAAAAACUUGCCAUACAUGUAACAUUUGCCCCAUGGUCUGCACUGUCAGAUAUAAAAAUACAUAAAAUCUAAAGAGAGUUCCCUUUAGUUGCUGUGAGAACUUAACUAUCAAGGAUCUGACUGGCUUUAAUAUCGAGAAAUACAAUAUAUGAAGGGCGAACUGUACGAAAAGACUGGUGGUCCUUUUGAGGAAAUGCCUUGGGAUGUACUUUUAAAUUGAGUUUAGCCAGAUGACCUUUUUAGCUGUUAGAGAUCAGUUUGUGUAUAUAUAUAAAGAGAGACAAGACUUGGAUAUAUUUUUGAAAACAAAACAGAAAGCCUUUAUUUCAUAUAGAGUAGCUGAUGCCCGAAAACAAAGAUAAUACUUUUUAAUGAAGAUUCAGCUAAUGAAAAUCUUCAAGGUUGGAAGCAAAUUAGUUUGGGUAUAAGCUGAUGUGUCUUUGGUACACUAAAGCCGGCACACUCUAAGGUUGUUUUGUGUACAUGCACACAGAUUUCAUGCUUUUUAGUAUCCUUUAUUUGCCUUUCUCUAAAUAAUGUGGAUGGAAAAUGCCUUAUUACAGAAUAAUUCUGAUCAUGAUUUGAAAUGUAGAAAAGUGCCUCUAGGGUAAUGCUGGUAAGGCAAAGAAUAAGAUGAUAAAUUUGAUCUGUUUACUAUCUCACCAGUAAGCAUUUUGUAUACCAUUUCUUAUACCUCAGAUAUGUUUAAUAUUUUUGCAAUCAACUGGAAAAAAUGUUCACCAUAGCCACUGAUGGGAACUUCAAUAUCAAAAUAACUCUUAGACCCUAAAAACAAAUUUAACAAUUUGCCAUUCCUGGUAAUAAUCAUGGAACGCAUGCAAAUAAUUAUAAUUUAAUUGGAUGGCUUUAUUUUAGAAAGAGAUGGAAAGUUUACAAAGCAGUUUAUAAAUCUUAAUGUCAUUAGUUGCAUUUGCACUAAAUGUGAUGUAUUUUGCAAAUCUGUAAAUAAAAAUUACAC